AUGGCUCGAAUAUCUGAGGAAUCUGAGGCUGCAGCUAUUCUGGAAGUAUAUGUGACCAGGCUGCAGGAUCGGUUGACCGCGCAUGGACAGCUCGACAAACUGACGGUGGAAGAACGCACGCCGGAUGGGAAGUAUUUCGCUACUUACAAAUUCGAUGCAGAGAGGAUCGGCGAGGGUGCCUCGUUCGUGUCGUUGGAAUUUGCAAAAGGCGCGGCUGCGUUCCAGGCAUUGCAGUGGCUUGACAGAAACGGGUUCCCUUCCAAGGAGUGA